AUGAUUAUUUUUAGCUCUGUAAGUUUUUUUCCACUGUUUCAAUUAGGGCGUUUUUAUUUGAGCACCUGACUUUACCAAAAAAAUUUGAAAAAAAAAAGAAGUUGAAAUUUUUACAAACAAAACAGUACUUCAGUUUGGAUUGGCUUCUCUUUUCUAUUAUUUGCUUGCUAAAAAUAGGGUUCAAAAAAUUGAAAAUUGAAAAUGAAAAUUCGUUUUUUUCUCAAGAAAAAAAACGAAAUGAAAAAGUGUUGUAAUUUGAGAGGGGAGAACAAACGUUCAUUUUUUUCGGCUCAAAAUUUCCACAUUUUCUAGCGGAUUAGACAUUUACGUAAAUGUGAUGUUUGUGUGCGUUUGUUUUAGAUCCGUUUUGUUUUUUUAUGGGCUGGAAUGGGAAAAUUUAUAUAAUUCACCUUACUCAGCAAAGUAAGAUUCCAAUGUUAUUAAAACUAUGAUCAUUUAAAAAGAUUUGCGAAAGCUACAAAAUUUACAUAAAAUACAUUUUCAUUUAGAUUUUUGUUUUGAUUCACAUGUUUUGAUGAAUCAUUUUUCUCGAAAAUUUUCCAUUUUUCUAAUGGAUAUUUUCUUACAUGUUCCCUGCAAUAAAAAACCAAAUUGUUUUUUUGUUGUUUUCAUUUUUAUUCUCAAUAAAUUUCCACGACAAAAAGAAAACAUGCACCUGUCUUUUAUCAUUCCGAACAUUUUUAUUACAUAUGUUUUUUCUCGCUAUAAAAAACCACGAAACAGUCGAGAAAAUUCCUGAAAUAUUUGAUCAUAAGAGCAUCAGUCAGCAGGUUAUUUGGCUCCAAGCCAGUGGCAGAAAAUAUCAUUUCUUCUUUUCUUUUUUUCUUUUCGUUUUCUUUAUUUUGUUUGGUAAACGGUCAGGUGAUAAGCCUCAAUCAACAACUCUUCCUUCUCCUUCUAAACAAAAAUAUGAAACUGAAAAAAAAGUUUUUCGAAGAAAAAAUUGUUUGAAACUUCACAGAGUUUCAAUUUUUCUCUUUUUGUGUUUGGUAGAUAUAAAAACUUUUUAAAUUGAAUGAAAAAAAAACGUUUUUUCCUUGUUUAUUAUUCAUAUCAGAAUGCACUUUUAUUUUUUUUAGAGAAUAUUACGGAUACAGAGAAGUGCUCAUUAUAUUCAGUUCUUGAGAGACCACCCACUUUUAUUUGAAUAUCGUUAACAAAAUAGCUAGGUUUUUGGUUUCAGAAGAAAAAUUAGGUUUGUUACAGAAAGAAAGGGUUAAAGGUAUAUAGGGAAUAAUAGUUUAUACUGGUUUUCAAGUCAGUUUUUAUUUAUUUUUCAAUAUUCCCAAUAACAUUAUGCAAAUAAAAUAAGAAAUAUUGAAUAUAAGUAUGUGUUAAGCUUUGAACACCAAACUCAAUUUCCAUAUUCCAUAUUCUUUUUGUUCUGUUUUACCAAACAAACAAGAAUUCAUACAUAUAUAAAAAUACACAUUCAUAAAUAUAGUUUUUUCUCCUCCUAGUUUUCUCCCUCCCUCAACAACUCGCUGAUUUUUUCAUCAUCAAUACUGCAACAGAAAAAUAAUACUACCAAUACAAAUCCAAAACACCUGACCUUUACUCACAUAAAGUACACUUUCCUGUUGUAUAAAAAAGUAUUUUCGAAUCUAUUUACUGCAAUUUUUCACCCUUUUUGCUUUCCUUCCCAGUGAAAAAGAAGUAAAGAACGUCAGAUUUCAUAUAUUUGCGUUUUGAAAAGAAUACCUGCCGCUGCUUCUGUUUCCUGUAUGUCGUCAAAAAAAAAGUUUUGCAAACAUACGGACAGCUAAAGAGCCCAACAACACACACUUUUAAUUUCUCCACUUUUGAUUGUGAGAAGAGCAGCAUUCUUAUUGUUUUUUGUUGUUCACAUGAGCAAGGGUGUGGUUUUGAUGUAUUUCUAUUUUUGUCAUCGAAUUUUAGUGAUUUUAUAUGCAAAUACCGUUAUCACAUGGUCUUGUUUUUAGAAAAUGUACCAGUUUAUUCCUUAUUCAAUUUUAUAUCUAUUUUCAUGUUUCUUUUUCUCUCAAAAAAAUUCCAUCAAACAUUUUUUCCUAUUCAAAAAAUGUCAUAAAGUGUGCUGUAUGCGGACUGUUAGUUUCAUUUUUUCUGCGCGCCUAUUUUCUUACACUGUUCGUUAUGGUUCCUUAUUAUGUGUUUCGAUAGCUUUUAGAGUUUCUAAAACAUCUUCUGAUAGAAAAAGUGCUUUUCAGAACCUCUUAUCACUGGAACAAAGACUACAUUUUCUUAUUCUCUUGUCAGAUGUAAUUUUAAUGUUAUAUGCAAAUAUAUUUAUCACAUGGUCUUUUUUCAAUCAUUUUUCUCCAAUAGGGUAUUUUUUUUUGAAAAAAAAAUGUCGUAAGGUGUGGUGUAUGUUGACUGUCAGCUGUAUUGUCCUUCGCGCCUUUUUUUCUUCCCCUUUUCCUUUUUUAUUUUUUUCGGUUUUUGACACGUUCAGUAUUUUGGAGAUUAUUUUUUCGUUCCAUUGCUCUGUCAUUAUGAAUUAACUUCUCAUUAAUUUAAUCCUUUUAUUGAUAUUUGGAAUUACUUUUUGAUAAAAACAUAGAUGUAUUCUAAUUUUUUAAAACAAGGUCUAUUCAAAUUCAUGUACAUAUCCUAAAUGUUUUGCUAGUCUCUUGAUAGAUUUCUGAAGUGUUUUUCAUCUAAACUAAUCCGGUUAAUCAAUUUGUUUUAUUAUGGUUUCAAUUUUAAAUUGGAAUCUGUCUAAAUCUGAAUCUCUCAAAUAAAACAGCCAACAACAUGUGUCAGACUUUGCCCUGAUGAAAAAGUAACACAUCUUCUCUCAAAAGUAGUUUAUCAAAAAAUAAAACUUCUCACUGAUUUAUUGUUUGUAACCUUUGACACACUUGUAAAAAAGCCUCCAAUUCAAAAGUGAUCAAAAAAUGAUAAUUUUACUAUCACUGAUAAGUUUGAUAGACAUUUCUCUGAAGAAUUCCAGAUAUUUUUUUUUUCCAUUUCUUUGUUGUGUUUUCAAGUCAUUUAUUUUAUUUGUUUGUUAUCUUUGGGGGAUAGGUUAUUGACCAUUAACAGAAAGAUAGAACAAUGUAGUUUGAUUUAUCAGAAAUUGUUUUGUCUGAAAUAAGAUAUCACAUGAAAUUGAAAUUGACCUUUGAAUUGUUCAAAAAUUAUAGAUAGAAGAAUGAUACAUGUUUUAAAUAAUAAUAAAAACAUAAAAUCCUACGGUUUAUCCAACCAAGUAUGGGUCAACAACGCAUCCUAUUUUUUCUCUGCACCCUCUUCUCUCUCGCCAUUCUUUUCUCUAAAUCUCCUCGCACUUUUAUUGAUUCUGUUGGUCUCUUCAUUUUUGGUUGUGUUAGUCCUUCGCUUGCGCAAAGAGUGCUUUUUUUUGCUCGCUUGCUUGUUGUGAGUUUUUUUCGUGAGUUUUUUUGAAAUUCUCUAGUUAGGUUGAAGAUGAGUGAGCGAAACUUUUCAUGUAUUUAUUAUUGUGUUUUUUUCGCAACAAUUUUGACGUUGUCUGUAGAAAUUCGCUGUUUUAUUUGUUUCUUGUUAGAGAAAACGAGAGAAACUUUUGUCUUUUUUGUUUUAUUAGUAUUGGUAUAAAGAUCACUUGAGAGGUGUUCGGAAUAUUAUUUCGGCGAACCUUUUUCCUCUAGUUUCGAGAGAAAGAUGCAAGCGUUUGUUUCUUUUCUCAUUUCAUUUUGUUUCAUCUCAAAAGUAAUAAGCAAUUUAUUUUGUUUUCAAAAAUUCAUCACUUUUUGCAACAACUUUUAUUCUUUAUCAAAAAAAUUUGUGUCAAUCAAAAUGGUUUCUCUUUGCACUUUAAAAUUUUCAGAUAUGUUCGAAAGUUUCCAUUUUUAGUUUAGUUUUUUUCCUGACAAGCUAAUUCUUCUCUAAAGAAAAAUGUCAAGUCAAUCAUCCGGCCUUGUCUUUUUUUGACCAAAAAAUCUUUCUAUUUUCUUGUUUUCUGAAAAAAUGUUCUCAUGACCUCUCUAAUCUAAGCCUUUCCUUCAUCAUGUGCCGUUUUUUUUUGUUUGAGCUAGGCUAAAACAAAUUGUGUCGUUCUACUCCUUUUUCAUCUUCAAAAAGGUCCAUUUAUCAAGGCUUUUCUUUGAAAGAAAAUGGAAAUGAAAAAAAUAGAAAAUUUUGGAGGAUUUUUUGUUUAUAAAAUGAAAUUUCACACCUGCUUCUGCGAAACUAUUGGUUUUCUGUUUAUAUUAAAAAAUCAUGAAAAAAUAUGUUCCCAAGGCAUUGUGAUCGAUCAAUCUUUUAGAGAAACUGAUUUGAUUUGAUAAAGUUUUCCAGAUUUGAUGAAGUUUUUUUUGAACAAAAUUGUCAUACAUUAAACCAUUUAGUUUUAUUUUUGAAAAAAAAUAACUUCAUGAAAAUUCUAUUAAUUAGGAACUAGAAAUUCAGAGUUUAAAAUGCAUUAAAAUGUUUUCCUGCGUCACAUUUCCAUUUCCAUUUCCGUCUAAUCUUUUGUCACAUUUUUAAUCGUCGAAACUAAAGUUCAUUUGAAUUUCAAAAUGUCAUGUUUUGCCCCCCACCCCACACAAUUUCCAAAAGACGCAUAAAUCAAAAUUUUACUGUUUUCCAAAAUUCGUUUUUUUUUUCAAUUUAUUUUUUCGAACACAAUAAGUCCAUACAUUUCAAAUUGUGUUCCAUUUUCUCGUUUUUUCUUCUUUUUUUUUCGCUGGCUGCGAAAAAAAGUGUUCUUGUGUAUCUAUGUUGUUAAACGAGGAAAAACUCCUUAUCGUGCACUUUUUUCGACUUUCUUUUUUUUUUGCAAAAAACGUGCUUUUUUCUGAUAGUAAAAUAUAUGUUAGAAGUUUCGCUCGAAAUGUUUUUUUAUUAUUUUGAUUUUCAGACAAUCCGUCGAAGAGACAUGAGUCCAGCUGGAGCAACUCAACCACAGCAACAAGCUGCACCAGCGCCGACACCAUCGGUUCAAAGACCAAAAAAGUUUCAGGUGAGCAAAAUCGUAUAGUUGAUAAAAAUAUUUUUGAACCAAGAUAUUGUUUUUUGAGUGUAUUUUCACAAAACACAAAAUCUUGCAUCAGCUUUUCAUUUUAAAAAAUUCACUUUUUUUAAACUUCAUAUUACAAUAUUUCUAUAGAAUUUUUAAACGAUGAAAAUUUUGAUUUUACGAAUUCCUCAUUGUGAACUUUUAGCGUUUCGUGUGUUUUAUACGUGAAACAAUUGAAAUCUUGAUUCAGAAUUUAUUUAAAAUUUGGAAAACGUGAAACAAUUCUGUAGAUUUAACACAAGUACCUCUAAUUAUUCCCCUUCGAAAUAUAAUUCAAAUCUGAACAUUCAAAAUAUGAAAUCACAAUCCCUAUUUUCAUUUUUUCAGGUCGUCCCAGUUCCUGGAGAAUUCUCACGUGGACGCUGGAAGUGUAGUGACACACGAGGAGGAUCUGCAAUGGGAGGUAAGUAUUUUAGAAAAAAAUUAAUUGGAAAAAAUGACGUCAUAGUUCUGAUGAGAGCUGAAAAGAACCAAUAAAACAGCUCCUUUUUCUUUGAAAUUCAAUAUGUAUAUGCAUUUUAAAAUAAGUGGAGUCACAUUUGGAUGAUCUAAUGUGAGAAGCAUUUUCGCUCAAAAGUCAAAUGAUAACCGGAAUUGUUUCAAUUUACAAUCCAAAAGAAACAAAAAAUACAAACUUUAUCGUUGAAGUUUUAUCUGACAUUGUAAAUGUUAUCAAUCACGAAAAAUUUCAAAAUUUCAAUUUGGUUAGAUUGUAGUUUGAGAAAAACUUUGAAACUAAAGGUUACAUUGAACCUUGAUGUAUGAAGUUUGUAAAGAAAUGAUUGCAAAUUUCAAAAUAGAGCCUAGGAGCUUUUGUGUGACAGUCCCUUUUUUGAAGGUUCUAUAGACCGGUAAGAUCACAUUGGGAUAGUUUUCAAAUAGUUUUUCACAAGUCAAGCAUUAGGGUUACACCUCAACAACACCCAGCAUGAUCCCCAUAUAUUCAUUUCAAGACUAUAUUUUUUAUUUACUGGAAGCUAUUUUCAGACAAGGUCUCUUUCACAAUUUACUUCCUGUUCCAAAUUCAUUUCCAGUCUCUCGAUACUAGAGAAUGUAAUUAUAUUUUGAAAAAUAUUAUUGUUAUCAAAAAAACCAAGAAAACAAAGAUCGCAAAUCGAAUGAGGUUAACCCGAUGAAAUUUGGAUUUCGGAAUUGUUCCGAAUAGUAAGUUGUCCAAAAACAUUGAUUUUUUCAGUUUUUGGCAAUUAUCCGGAAGGCGCGGAGUAUGAAUCAGUUGUCACAUUCAAAAACAAGAAGAUCACAGUUCGCCGCAAGUUCUAUAGACCGGUAAGUUUCGGAAAUAAGAAAAAUCUCAUCCCUCAAAUAUAUUUUCCGCAAACUUCAUCUGACACAUGGAAAUUGAAUAUAAAAACACAUUUAGAAGUCAAAUAAUGUGUCAAUAAUAAAAAGAAUAAUAUGAAAUUUCUUUCUCUAUCUCAUGGGACCUUCGUAGUCUUUACUCUUUUGAAGCAUCGACGAGCAAAACAGAAGAAGAAGCACACUAAAAAAGCAGAAAAAAAGCAGCAAAAAAACAUGUGUUUACCAGUUUGCUUCUUCUUCUUCUUCUUCUUUCCUUACUUUUUGCUCACUUUGCUUCAAAAAAUCCUAUUGAUCGUUUACACUUCAUGUUUUCUUUUUUCAUUUGUUAUUUUUAUCACAUCAACCAGAUGAAUCAUAUACAUAAAAUGUCAAAUAUAAAUAUCUAUAUUUAUAAUAAUUUCUAAUCUAAUCCUUUUAUUAUUGCAGGUUGUUAAGACACCAGAAGAGGUGGCGCGCGAGCAACAGAAAGAGAAUCAGAAACACGUCACUGUUGUUAAUCACACAAUUCGAGAUGCCAAGGCUGGUAAAAUGAUUGCACCAGGUGAAGAGAUUGAGGUUAUUAUUAUGUCGCCACAAGAAAAAGCACCAGUUGAAAUGGCUCAAUCAUCGACUGUUAUUAUUUCGAGCCAAACACAUACAACAUCGAAUCCAGCUUUAGAUGAAAUUGAUGACAAUCUUCAAACUGUUCAACAAGUUACACCAAGCGCAUCAAAAGAUGAAGAUGAAGGGUAUGUUUGAAUGCAUCCCAGUUUACCCUUAUGUUGUCCUUGGUUUUGCAUGAUUUUUUUCAUUUCGCUUGAAAUUACUUACCCUAUAUAGGAACCUUUAAAAAAUUCUAACAAAUUUUUGAAAAUAAACUAAAGCAUGUUUGCAUGAAUUGAAAUUUUGGCUGUUUUUCCACUUAAGAUGAUCAGUUUAUCAGGAUUUUCAUAGGUGAACAGAGAUAUUCUUGCAUGAAUAGAACAUCUAUUUGAAAAAUUAUUAUCUCGAAUUUCAAGAAAUCGAAUUUCAUUUUUCUAAUCAGCAAACAAUAUAAUUUCCCUCACAUCGUAAAAAAAAGUUGUAAUUACGCAAUUUUUUUCCGAAUACUGAAUUAGUUACUCACAAACUCAUUCAAAAACUUUUGGAGUUCUCUAAUAAAAAAUCUAAUUUAACCUUUUAAUGCUUGAGAAAAAUUCAGAACUAUUAGAAAUAUGAAUAGAAAAGUAAACCCCCUUACUAUAUUGGCAAUAUGAGAAAUCUCUUCUUUUUAGCAAAAAAUGUAAUUACGCAUUUUUUGAGUAUUUGGCGAAAUUGAAUUAGUUUUUCACUUAUUCAUUCAAGGAACUCUUCAAACUUUCCUGAUAAUAGAGUUUAUUAGAAGCUGAAAACGUGAAUACACAAUUUGAAAAAAAAUCAUUAGGAAAAUUAAAAACGUUGCUUGAAUAACUGAGAAGAUUUUUUAGAAAAUUAAUUUUCUCCUUUUUUUUCAAAAAUCUCAUAAAUCUUACGAAUGAUUGUCUAGACUUUUAGAAAAUCAAAUUUCCUUUUUCGAGGUUGGAAAUAUGAGAAACUUCCCAGAGAAAAAAAAUUUGCAAUUUUUCUUUUCAAGAAAAAACCGAAAAAAAAAAUAUUCGGAUAAAAUGGAACAAUAAUUUAGGAAAACUUUAUCGAAAAAAAUUAAUAAAAAUCACUUUGCAACCCUCGACCCACAACCCUGCAUGAUAUUUAACCGCCCAUGUUUUUUUCUUGAUGUAGUGCUCGUGUGUCUCGUUCAAAACAGCAUGCUCAACCAACACCCGCAAAAAUUCCAAUACAACCACCAAUUAAAUCUGUCGUCUCCAGUAUUGCUGCAAGUACAAGUAGUACAGUAGUUGCGAUUGACAACAAAAUUGUGCAAGCUAUGGAUCUCGUCAAAACUCAUCUCACGUUUGCGGUUCGUGAAGAAGUCGAAACACUUCGUUCGCAUAUUUCGGAUUUGGAAUCGAGAGUGAGUUACUUUAACUCAAAAAUUUCCUAAUCAUUCUACUCAAAUGUUUCUUUUCAGCUCUCAGCUCUUCGUGAAGAAAAUCGUCAACUUCGUGAACAUGUUUCCCCGGAAGUUUUGGCCUUUAUUCAAGCGAAUAACAAUAUUUGGUGAGUCUUUGCAAAAAAAACGCAUAAUUGAAUCUCUCGAUCGUAAAUUUUGAGCGCUUUUGCUCUUUUGGUUUAUUUUAUUUUAUUGAAAAUCUAUUUUUGGAGAGUUCAUUUAAUUUCAUGGGAUUAUUCUACAGUAAUCCAAUGUGAGCAAAUAGAAUAAUGUCAUGUGAGAUCAACAUAAUUGUGGGGCAGCUGAAAUUUCAGAAUGUAGUAGGGUAUACUGUAUCGUAGCCAAUUUUAUGAGUUUUCUAGGAGCACUCAAACAUUUUAGAAAUAGACAAUCUAGUGAUUUUGGACAAAUUUAGUAUUGUUAUUUGUGUUCCAAAAUAAUUGAUAACAAAAUAAAUAUGAUAUUUUCAGAGGUCAUCAUUAUGCACAUUCUCUCAUCUGCCAUAAACGCAUCGCUUUAA